GGUGCUAUAAUCUCACACUCCCCAUUGCUUCUCAAUACUAGCUCCAACACCCCUACAUUAGAAGUUGUUUUAGUGUUGUGCUUAGCACUUAGAGCCACCUCUAGCAUAUCAACGUUGGAGCUCCAGAAUGGCUUUUGUGUCACAGUAGACAUGAAAGGUGAGGAGACCUGUGUUGUAGAUUUCUAG